AAUUAAAGUUUAUGUAACCUUUACUUCCCAGUUGGGAGGGAGAGUCACCUUGUCAUUUAAUCUAUGAUUUUAGAAUAUUAAAAUAUUUCAAUUUUAAUUUUUUUAUUUUAAUUUUUUAAUUUUAGGGAUGUAAUCCUAUUCCUCCUGAUACAGCUAAGACCCUAUCAGUAAUACACUGGUCUUGUGCAUUAGGACUCACUGAUCCUCUACACUGUAUAUUAACCUCUAGUAAUAAUACUAAUAGUAAUAUUGAUGAGCUGGUAGUGUGUCCAUCAUUCGUUGGUGAGCCACUUCAUGUAGCAGCUAGUGUUGGAUCAAUGGAGCUGUCUCAGUUACUAAUAGAAAGAGGAAAUGAUGUUGUUAAUAAUCAUGAUCCUUCCUCUGGUAUGACUCCAUUACAUUGUUCUAGUGCUCAUGGUCAUCUCAAUACUCUGAGACUGUUACUAACUAAUAAUGCUGAGGCUAAUGGACUCAACCAUAGCAAUGGACAGUCUGGUUUACAUUAUGCUAGUUCCAGUGGUCAUGGUGAAGUAUUGAAGGAAUUACUAAAGAAUGGAGCAGAGAGAGACAAACCAUCCUCAUCUAGUGACUCUCCUAUACAUUUAGCAGCUAGCAAAGGACAUAAGAAUAUUUUAGAAAUAUUAAUAAGUGAUGGUACUUCAAUUGAUAUAGUUAGAGCCAGUGAUGGGAGGACCCCGUUACAUUUAUCAUCACUGGCUGGCCAUUCAGUGGUUGUACAGUAUUUACUUGAUAAAGGAGCCGACUGCAAUAGGAAGGACACUACUCACGGUUAUACUCCAUUGGAUCUGGCUCUGUUGAAUGGUCACAGUUCUGUUGGGGAUUCCCUCAUAUCAAGUGGAGCCUGUACUGGUGCUGGUAGGAUACAUGAAUCAGCAACAAUGAUACAACAAUGCUGGAGGAGAUAUGUCAUUAAGGUAAUGAUGCAUGUAUGGUACAGUAGUACAUGUACAUGACAUCUACAUAUUGAUGUCCUAUUGUAU